CUGCUCCUUGGUCCUACCUGUUUCUCGGUCCAGCAGUGUCCGGCGCCGGCAUCUUCAGUGUGGGCACCCGGCUGUAACAGUUUGCAAACUGUGGUCAUCUCCUGUACUAUGUCCGCAGUCUCUGGUUAUCCCCUGUAGUACGUCUGCAGUCUCUGGUCAUCUUCUGUACUAUGUCUGCAGUCUCUGGUCUUCUCCUGUACUGUGUCCGCAGUCUCUGGUCAUCUCCUGUACUAUGUCCGCAGUCUCUGGUCAUCCCCUGUAGUACGUCCGCAGUCUCUGGUUAUCUCCUGUACUAUGUCCGCAGUCUCUGGUCAUCUUCUGUACUAUGUCCGCAGUCUCUGGUCUUCUCCUGUACUGUGUCUGCAGUCUCUGGUCAUCUUCUGUACUAUGUCUGCAGUCUCUGGUCUUCUCCUGUACUAUGUCCGCAGUCUCUGGUCAUCUUCUGUACUAUGUCCGCAGUCUCUGGUCAUCUCCUGUACUAUGUCCGCAGUCUCUGGUCAUCUCCUGUACUAUGUCCGCAGUCUCUGGUCAUCCCCUGUAGUACGUCCGCAGUCUCUGGUUAUCUCCUGUACUAUGUCCGCAGUCUCUGGUCAUCUUCUGUACUAUGUCCGCAGUCUCUGGUCUUCUCCUGUACUGUGUCUGCAGUCUCUGGUCAUCUUCUG